UCAGUUGCACUGGUUUUUGGUUUACAGUAACGUCCUUAGGGUGUGUUCUGUCCGUACGGCACACUUGUAAUUAUUCACGUGACGUGGUGGUGUGCCGUUGGAUUUUUUUGUGAUUCCCGAGUUAUGUUCAGUGAUCAAUCGCCCAAAACAUAAACAUCGUCCGCGAUAGUAGGAGUGGUGCGGCCAUCAUUAAGAUUUCCCGGCUAAGUUGUGCUUACGCCCGAUUUUAGGCAACCCGUAACGCCGCGGAGUGUGUCGCUUGCAUAAUCCCCAGGUGUUUGCAUGUGCAGCCUCACCCACUUCCCAAUUGAAUAGAUGGUGUUUAUUUACUUUUAUUUACACGUUCGUGCAAAUGUCAAGUAGCGCGGGUGGUUUUCCGAUAGUUUCCGGCAAAAUCGGACUCGCGGUAGUUUGCUGACUUUUCCUGUAUGUCCGGUUGUUUACGGUUUCUAAAAUGACCGAGGAAGAAGUCCUCUUCGACGACGUCUACGAUCUCUGUGAGGAAAUUGGAAGGGGACCAUUCAGCGUAGUUAGGAGAUGUAUCCACCGACAAACUGGACAGCAGUUCGCUGCGAAGAUCGUGGAUGUGGCCAAAUUCACCUCCAGUCCCGGCCUCAGCACGGACGAUCUGAAACGAGAGGCUACGAUAUGCCAUAUGCUCAAGCACCCCCACAUAGUGGAACUGUUGGAAACCUACUCCUCGGAAGGCAUGCUCUAUAUGGUUUUCGAAUUUAUGGACGGCUCCGAUCUGUGCUACGAGGUCGUCCGCAGAGCUUCAGCGGGAUUCGUCUACAGCGAAGCCGUAGCCAGCCAUUACAUGAGGCAGAUCCUGGAGGCCAUGCGAUACUGCCACGAGAACGACAUCGUCCACAGGGACAUCAAGCCGGAGUGUAUCCUGCUGGCGACGAAGGAGAAUUCCGCACCUGUGAAGUUGGGUGGUUUCGGGGUAGCCGUUCAACUGCCCGACAAACAUCCCAUGAACAUGGGCGGUAGGGUCGGUUGUCCGAAUUUCAUGGCCCCCGAGGUAAUCGAGCGGAGGCAGUACGGCAAGGCAGUGGACAUCUGGGCCGCGGGGGUGCUCCUCCACGCGCUGCUCUCGGGCACGCUGCCCUUCCACGGCAGCGGAAGGAGGCUGGCGGAGGCUGUCUGCAGGGGGAAGCUGCACAUAGACUCGGCUCCACAGUGGCAACUCAUUAGUGAUAGUGCGAAAGACUUAGUUCAACAAAUGUUAACCGUCGAUCCGAAACAAAGGAUAACCAUUCAAGAGGUGCUAAAUCACAGGUGGCUUAGGGAUCGAGAUAAGGGGCUGAGGAUCCACUUAGGCGACACCGUAGAGGAGUUGAAAAAAUUUAAUGCACGUAGGAAAUUGAAGAGCUGUAUUCUGAGCGCCGUCAAUUCGAGCAAGUGGUACCCGUACGACGACUCGAACGCCGAUACCUUCUCGGAUUUCGGGGACGAGGAGGUCUCUUCCGGUGCCGUGGCGACCAUCACCGACGCCCUGGACGACAUCUACUGCCUCCAGGAGUCGCAACCGCAGGAGCGCGCGCACCUGCUGGCCCUCUUGGAAGACACCCGUCUUCACAUCCUGCUGGAGCUGUUCGAUCGGAUCUCCAGCAAAGUGGUGACACCUCUGAGACCGCCCAUAAGCGACGCCGUUCAGAACGCUCGAGACGCUGCCGACGCACUUCGGGAAUUGGAGCACCGACGCGACACCGACCACAGGGAUCUGCAGGAAUUGAGGGACCUACUGUGCCGGCCACACUUUAAGGCUCUUUUACAAGCUCACGACGUGGUGGCCCACGAAGUCUACGGAGAAGAUGCCGUACGGGUCACGCCACCCCCCCUACUCCCAUACCUCAACGGCGGCGACGAUUUGGACGGCCCUAAUGGCGAGGUCGAGAUGGAAAACGUAACGAGGGUUAGGCUGGUUCAGUUCCAGAAGAACACCGACGAACCCAUGGGUAUAACGCUUAAGAUGAACGAAGAUGGAAAAUGUAUAGUUGCUAGAAUAAUGCAUGGGGGAAUGAUCCAUCGGCAGGCCACGUUACACGUUGGUGACGAAAUUAGGGAAAUCAAUGGGAUACCGGUCAUGAACCAAUCUGUAAACGCGUUACAGAAAAUUCUCAGGGAAGCCAGAGGUUCAGUCACGUUUAAAAUUGUACCUUCGUACAGAAGCGCUCCGCCGCCGUGUGAGAUAUUCGUUAGAGCCCAGUUCGACUAUGACCCACUAGAGGAUGACCUUAUACCGUGUGCGCAAGCCGGAAUUGCCUUUAAAACUGGUGAUAUUCUUCAAAUAAUUAGUAAAGACGAUCACCAUUGGUGGCAAGCAAGAAAGGACAAUGCUGCUGGAUCUGCUGGCCUUAUUCCUUCUCCUGAGUUGCAAGAGUGGAGAGCUGCUUGUGCGGCAAUGGAGAAAACUAAACAAGAACAAGUCAAUUGCUCAAUAUUUGGUCGAAAAAAGAAACAAUACAAGGACAAAUAUUUGGCAAAGCACAAUGCAGUUUUUGACCAAUUAGAUUUAGUUACCUACGAGGAGGUUGUAAAAUUGCCGAUGUCUGACCCAGCCUUUCAAAGAAAAACUUUGGUGCUAUUAGGAGCUCAUGGUGUUGGGAGGAGGCACAUAAAAAAUACCCUUAUUGCAAAACAUCCCGAUCAAUAUGCUUAUCCAAUACCACAUACAACGAGACAGCCUAGAUCCGAUGAAGAGAACGGACGGAACUACUUUUUCGUGUCGCACGACGAGAUGAUGGCCGACAUCGCCGCCAAUGAGUACCUGGAGUACGGUACCCACGAGGACGCCAUGUACGGAACUAAACUGGAUACAAUCCGCAAAAUACAUCAAGAAGGGAAAAUGGCCAUUCUUGAUGUGGAACCACAGGCACUUAAGGUGCUACGAACUGCUGAGUUCUCACCAUAUGUUGUGUUCAUUGCUGCUCCAGCACUGCAAAAUAUAGCAGAUUUCGACGGUAGCUUGGAACGGCUAGCUAAGGAAUCUGACAUGUUGCGCCAUGCUUAUGGGCAUUAUUUCGACUUAACCAUAACCAAUAACGAUAUCGAUGAAACAAUAGCCGCACUAGAGGCCGCCAUCGAACAGGUCCAAACAACACCACAAUGGAUUCCGGUGUCUUGGGUCUACUGACAGCAACAGUCCUUGGAAUUUUGCUCUUUUCAAAAUUUUUGAGCUUAACCACCGACCUAGCGAAUUUUAUGAUUUUUAUAUGGUGUAUUGUUAUUUUAUCGAUUAUUAUUUAUAGGGAAGCCGGAUGUGUUGCGUUUCGUGCUUUUUACUUUUGGAUGUAAAACACUCACACCCACCGGAAACCUUCAGAUAGAUUUUAAAUAAAACGUAAGUUGGAAAUUUGCACCUCAAAUCGUAGAAGACCGCAACCCAAUUAAAAUGUAGUUCUCUCACGCGAAUUAAAGGAAAGGUUAUUCACGGAAGUUUAGCGUUUAGUGUUGUUGGGCUGUUAUUCCCGAAAUUGAGGCGGACAAUCAGUUACCGACGUGUAACUUAACAAUCAUAUCAAGGAAAUAUGAAGUAUUUUAAAAACGGCGGUAAAUAUGCACAAAUUUCUUUUUUUUUAUUAAAACCUAAAUUACAUAA